GUUUGUUUGUUUUUUUUGGUGGGAGGGUAAGAGGUUCGGAGCUGCGAUGGACUGGCAUGGCAUGGCUCGCCUCGGGUUCUUUCUAGCGGCUGUGCUGCAUGGAAUGUGGGGACUGAGCGCUGCCUGCCCCGAGUCCUGCACCUGCACCAUCUCCAGGAUUGUUUGCGUCGAUCACGAACCGGGCAUCGAGGAUUUCCCGCUGCUCACGCUGGACGACAUGGAAAACAUCACAGAGAUAUACAUUUCCAAUCAAAACAGGCUGUUUGAACUCAACGACAACAGUUUGAGGCACUACAUCAACCUACGGAACCUCACAGUGACAAAGACCAGACUGAUGUCCAUAUCCUUGGACGCAUUUUACAACAAUACGAGACUUCAAUACGUAAACCUGCGAGACAACAACCUGUCAACGUUGUCAUGGAGGACUUUUCAGAACUUUAACGCCACCUAUUCGCUCCUGCUAUCCGGAAACCCUCUGGAUUGUGUGUGUGAGAAUGUAUGGAUCAAACUGAGGAGCCAAGAGGAACCGGAAGGGCAGGAUCUGAAAUGCAUAGAUGAUAGAGGAGCAGCAAAGGCCUUCGCCGCGCUCACUCCGCCCGACUGCGUGGUUCCCCAAGUAGAGGUCACCCCCACGGUGGUGACUGAGAUGGAGGGAGGUACUGUCAAAGCUGUGUGCAGGGCGUCGGGCUCACCUCCUCCAGAGAUCCUGUGGAACGUUUACAUGAUUUCCUCUCGCUCCGACAUCAAAUCUAUGGAUAUGGCGUAUAGUCUGACCUUAUCAGACCUUUCUUCAGAAGAUAACGGCAGGCUGAUCGUCUGCAGCGCUGAGAACAUGGUCGGUCAGACGGAGGCCACACUGCAGCUGAAUAUUCUCUUCGCCCCCACCAUCCUGCAGCUGUUGGAACCAGAGCAGGGCCACCACUGGUGCAUCCCUUUCAGUGUGACCGGCAACCCUAAGCCCGAACUGCAGUGGUACUUCGGGAACGUGACCCUCCAGGAGCAGGACUACAUCCGCACCAUGUACCACCAGACCUUCAACAGCGAGUACCACGGCUGCCUGCAGUUGGUCAACCCCACGCACAUCCACAAUGGCAUGUACAGGCUGGUGGCCAAGAACGAGUAUGGGAGGGAUGAGAAGAAAGUCAAGGCCCAGUUUAUCGACCCACCGUUAGACCACACAGAAGAUUCUUUCUACUAUUACACGACUGACACGCCGCUGCUGGACGAUAGCAUUGCUGUUUACGUCAUCGUGGGAAUUGCCGCAGUGGCGUUGACUGGCUGUGUUCUUAUGGUCAUCAUUCUCAAAUAUGGAAGAAACACCAAGUUUGGAAUAAAAGGCUCCUCCUCAGUCAUCAGCAACGACGACGACUCCGCCAGCCCUCUCCAUCACGUCUCCAAUGGCAACAACACCCCGUCGUCCUCCGAAAUGGGUCCAGAUGCAGUGAUCAUCGGGAUGACAAAGAUUCCUGUCAUUGAGAACCCGCAGUACUUCGGCAACUCGGGCAGCAUGCUGAAACCUGACACGUUCGUCCAGCACAUCAAGAGACACAACAUUGUCUUGAAGCGGGAGCUCGGUGAGGGCGCAUUCGGCAAGGUCUUUUUGGCCGAGUGCUACAACCUCACCCCCGACUAUGAAAAGAUCCACGUGGCCGUGAAGACUCUGAAGGAGGCCAGCGAGAGCGGGCGGGCAGACUUCUACCGGGAGGCGGAGCUCCUCACCAACCUGCAGCACGAGCACAUAGUCACUUUCUACGGCGUGUGCGUGGAGAGCGACCCUCUCAUCAUGGUCUUUGAAUAUAUGAAACAUGGCGACCUCAACAAGUUCCUCAGGUCUCAUGGCCCCGAUGCGGUUCUGAUGGCUGACAGCCAGCACAGCAUCCUGGUGGAGCUGACCCAGUCCCAAAUGCUGCACAUCGCCCAGCAGAUUGCGGCCGGCAUGGUCUACUUGGCCUCGCAGCACUUUGUCCACAGAGACCUGGCUACCAGGAACUGCCUGGUCGGGGAGAACCUGCUGGUCAAGAUCGGAGACUUUGGCAUGUCCAGAGACGUUUACAGCACAGACUAUUACAGAGUAGGAGGUCACACGAUGCUGCCCAUCCGCUGGAUGCCCCCAGAGAGCAUCAUGUACCGACGCUUCACCACAGAGAGCGACGUGUGGAGUCUGGGCGUCGUCCUGUGGGAGAUCUUCACUUACGGCAAGCAGCCCUGGUACCAGCUCUCCAACAAUGAGGUGAUCGAGUGCAUCACGCAGGGGCGGGUGCUCCAGCGGCCCCGCACCUGUCCCAAGGAGGUGUACGACCUGAUGCUCGGCUGCUGGCAGAGGGAGCCCUACAUGAGGCUCAACAUCAAGGAGAUCCACGCAAUGCUCCAGAGCCUGGCCAAGGCCUCCCCCAUCUAUCUGGACAUACUGGGCUGAGGAGGUGCUGUACAGUGCGUGUGUGUGUGUGUGAGUGUGUCAAGAGAGAGAGAGAAAGAGAGAAACGAGGCAGGGAGGGCGUGCGACUGUGUACAGUACCUGGCUGUAAAUGUUAACUGUCCUCAUUACGUUGAGAAAAAGCCUUAAAUUUGGAGUCGUUUUUGCUUUGCUUUA